AUGGUUGAGCAAGAUGUAGUCUCGUCCGAAGCUCCACGACCACUAGUGGCCUCACUCUGGACUCGCUCCCUCGUUGCAGGCGCCUUUGCCGGCCUCAUGGUUGAUUUCUCCCUCUAUCCUCUAGAUACGAUCAAGACAAGAUUGCAGUCGAAUCUCAUCGGCAAAAAUAUCUCGGUUCUUGGUCGCCAUACUAUUCGAGGCACCUUUCGCAGCAUAUACGCUGGACUUCCCUCAGCUUUACUUGGCUCGAUGCCCUCAGCCGCCUCCUUUUUCCUCGUAUACGAUGGAGUGAAAAGGUCACUAAUUGACCCAAAACAAUCCUCCUCGACACAAGCAUAUGCGCACAUGUUGGCUUCGUCCUUGGGAGAGGUGGCGGCGUGUGCGAUUAGGGUACCAACCGAAGUUGUGAAACAGCGUGCCCAAGCAGGAUUAUUUGGAGGUUCAACCUUGAUUGCGCUGCAGGAUAUAUGGGCCUUGCGGAAAACAGAUGGCAUUACGACUAUGGUGCGAGAACUCUACAGAGGUGGCGGAGUGACGAUCAUGCGCGAAAUUCCCUUCACAAUCGUUCAGUUCAGCCUCUGGGAAUUCUUCAAAGCACAAUACUCACUCCGACAACGCAGAGAACUUGGCCGUCAAGAAGGGCUAGUUACGGCAGCCGAGAGUGCGGUCUUCGGGAGCAUGGCCGGUGCGGUUGCGGCAGGUCUCACCACUCCUCUGGAUGUAUUGAAGACUCGAAUCAUGCUCGCCAGAAAGGAAGCCGGAAGCUCGUCAGCUAGAGCAGGCCCUAUUAGAGUGUUCCAACAAAUAUGGGAGAUCGACGGACCUGCUGGCCUAUUUCGUGGAUUCGUGCCUCGUGUUGGGUGGAUCAGCACAGGUGGUGCAAUAUUUUUGGGAACGUAUCAAUAUGUGUGGAAUAUAUUGGAGUUAGGACGACCCUGA